AUGGCUUUUCCCAAGCCACCACUGGACCCUGCAUGCGACUCUUUUCACGCUUCCAUCCUGCACUCUGACGUCGCAGCGCGCGGUAUCGAUCUGCUGCGCUCUGUAAUCAGUCUUUGUCCAAAACCUGGGGGUUUUCGUCAAUUUAUUAAGAUUUGA